AGUCGAGUAGAACAAACAGAGGAGAAGGAACCGAUCAACACGCGCACGGACACGCGCAUGAACAACGGCCACGGUACACCGGAGAAUCACGAACGGUGUGUUUGGGGGAAAGCGAGUAGUGUAGUGACUGUGGGGAAGCGACUACAUCAUGUGAGAGAAGUUAGAGCGGCGGACAAAAGGCUGAAGGAUAAGCGCACAAGAGAAAGUCAAAGGGCGUGAGCGGAAUGUCCGUGGAUGAGCCUGAAGCCCCCAUGUAUGUGUAUGAGUCCACAGUUCAUUGUACCAAUAUCCUCCUGUGCCUCAACGACCAGCGGAAGCAGGACAUCCUGUGUGAUGUGACCGUCCUGGUGGAGGGCAGGGAGUUCCGUGGGCACCGGGCCGUGCUGGCGGCCUGCAGCGAGUACUUCCUCCAGGUCCUGGUGGGACAGGCCCCCAAUGGGCUAGUGGUCAGCCUGCCCCAGGAGGUCACGGCCCGGGGAUUCGCUCCUUUGUUGCAGUUUGCCUAUACAGCUAAGCUGUUACUCAGCAAAGACAACAUCCAGGAGGUUAUUCACUGUGCCCAAUUCCUGCGCAUUCAAAAUCUGGAAGACUCGUGCUUCCGCUUCCUGGAGGCGCAGCUGCGGCGGGAGAAUGAUAUGCUGCCACUCUGCCACAAGGAGGCAGCAGAGGAUGGACAUUCAGAGGAUGAGAGCAUGCAGGGAGCAGACCAAAGUAUGUCCUCUCUCGGGUCACCACAGCCAGACGAGGAUGCUCUGUCACCUCCCGGAGCGUCCGACCUGCCCCGCUGCCCCAAGUACAGGAAGUACCAGUGGGCCUGCAACAAGCACAACGACACCUCCUCACUCAGCAGUACCUCAGGUUUACACAGCACAUCACCAGAGAGUGUCCCAGGGCAGCCCCCGCUACCUCUCACCCACAUCAAAGUAGAGCCACAAGCAGAGGAACAGCCUCUCUGUGGUUCAGGGGAUGAGCAGGACGUCCUGGCUUUGGACAAUGUGACAACUAUGGACAUGGACAAACCUGUGUCCCUGAACACAAGCAAGUCCCCCUCCUGCCUCAGGGUCUUUUAUAAAAAAGGGCUGGACGGUCCCAAUCUAGCAAACUCAUCCCAGCAGCUACUAGCCAACAGACUGCUGUGCUCCCAGGACAAAGCCAACUCUCAGGGAGACCACAGAAAAGACUUCAGGCCUUGUCCUGCAGAGCAGUCAGCCUCGUCGCCAAAGGAUGUGGACUCUCUGUCCUCAGCCCUGUCCUUCAAAGCGUCCUCCUGUGAUGCAGUGUUCAAACAGGAUGUGGAACUGGACCGCCGCAGUGUCAUCUUCACUUCAGGAGCCGGCAGUCGUCUGGGGGGUCCGGUACAUUCCUAUUCGGGCGGGGGCUCUCUGGAGAUGGAGCUAUCAGAGCACAUGCCCAAGGGCCUGUGGCCUGGGGCCAGCCAGUCCCUACCCUCCUCCCAGACACACUCCUCUUCAAGCACCACCUCUGACCCCCCCACUCUGUGCCGUGCCCGACCUAACACCAGCUGCCCUGUGCCAAUCAAAGUGUGCCCGCGCUCCCCGCCCUGUGAGACCCGAACACGCACAUCCAGCUCCUGCUCAUCCUACUCCUAUGCAGAGGAUGGCAGCGGGGGGUCUCCCUGCAGUCUGCCCCAGUUUGAAUUCUCAUCCUCCCCCUGCUCAAACAUGGCACGCUGCCUCAGCCUGGAACCCCAGGACCAGAGCGGCCAUGGAGACACACUCUUCAGCCAGGUGCGUCCCAAGAUCAAAUGUGAGCAGUCGUAUGGAACCAACUCCAGUGAUGAAUCUGGCUCAUUCUCUGAAGGAGAUGUCCCAGAACGGGGCCCGGAGGUGAAGCUGCCAUUUCCUGUUGAUCAAAUCACAAAUCUUCCACGGAACGACUUCCAACUGCUGGUGAAGAUGCACAAGCUGACAUCAGAGCAGCUAGAGUUUAUCCACGACGUGCGACGCAGAAGCAAGAACCGGAUUGCAGCGCAGCGCUGUCGGAAAAGGAAGCUUGACUGCAUCCUCAACCUGGAGUGUGAGAUCCACAAACUGGUGUGUGAAAAGGAGAAGCUGCUCAGUGAGAGGAAUCAGCUGAAGGCUUGUAUGGGGGAGCUGUGGGAGAACUUCUCAUGUCUGUCCCAGGAGGUGUGUCGGGAUGUCCAGCUGAGCCCGGAGCAGGUCCAGUCUCUGCAUCACUACUGCCCUGUGCUGAGACCCAACUCCACUGCAAGUCACCCACUUCACCCCUCCCCCCAUGAGCCCAUCCCAGGCUCUACCAGCAGCAUUGACCUCACAGCAAACUCCCCCGGCCCAGACUGCGAACCACCCUCUGCGCUGCGCAAAGGCCCUGACAGGGACAUGGAUGGGCCAGAGAAGUCCCAGACUGUUACGGUGGACUUCUGCCAAGAAAUGACAGAAAAGUGUACCACAGACGAACAGCCGCGCAAGGACUGCUCCCAGUAGUGCUGUGUUCAUGUUGGGAUGUUUGGAAUAUUUAAUUGGACUUUUCCGACAAACCCUUUUGGGUUGUUAGACAGCCUCUGCCAGUGUUCAUUGAAAAACAAGCUUUCUUUGUAUUUAUGUCUUUGUGUUUGCAAAAGGUUGACACUAAAGUUGUCUUAAACAGCAGCAAUAUUGUUGAACAGGUAUUGUCCUGGGGCAGAGUGGGUCCCUAUAAACCUCCUGAUGGUGCUCCAGGUUCAGCUCGGACCUUCAGUCUCAGUGUGGCCUUUCUACAACCGCCUUUUCAUCAAACCCCCACAGUCUGCACUGCGCCUCAGUUCUCAACAGUCUGACAGUGUGUUCAGUGGACACCAUACAGCAUCCUAUUUGAUCUUUUUUUUUUUUUUUUUGAGGUUCAAUUCAAUAUAUGGGCCACACAUCCAUCAGCCAGCAGCCCUAAAUACAGCUGUAGUCCUCUCCCAUGUGAAGGCUCUGUUGCAGUGAAAAGGCGGCUGGCCCACUCUACCAGUCUCUACCUCUCCCACUUCUCUGCUAUAUCAGUAUCUCAGUGGCUCUAGUCACAGCAGUUCAAACUCAGGAAAACUCUGAAUGUUCAUGAAACUCACUGCUCCUGUACUGCGGAUGCAUUUAGACUGUCAAACACUCAUAUGCAAAACAUGUCUUCAACGUCUUCUUAGGUAGUUGUAUCAGUGUCAAAGCGGCUGUACGUUCUACAUUCCUCCUUUGCCUUCCUCAGCACUGAUCUGAGUGUAGGAUGAGCCGAGUCUGUGGCUGGGCAGAGCACACAUGUAAAUAGUUGAAGCAUGAUGACUGUCAGUGUUGUACAGGUAGAGGCUUAGCCGUGUUCACAGGGGUCUCUGCUGUUUCCUGUUCCUCAAACUCCUACCACUUCCUGGGGGUUCUUUAACUCAGGAAAUGAGCCCGUACGUGUCGACAUGCCUCUCACAGGGAAGGGUCAGCCCUGUAUAGACUUAAUGUGAAAACAUUCAUGUCAUCAGUAUUUCUAUUUGCUGUUGUUGAAAAGGUUUGUAAUCUGGAACAGUAUAUAUGCCAUGCACUUGUGGUCCCACAAGCCCCCUCCAAGCACUUGGCCCCUGACCGAGAGUUCAACUCUCACUUCCUUGAGCACUUUGUGUUUACAGGUUUGACUUUAAAAGCACUGUCUGCUCCACAAUCUAUAUGAGUCAGAAUCCUCUAACCGCAUAUGAGGUUAGUUCACAUCCCCCCAGCAGGUUGUGAAGUCACAUGAUGUUGAAAUGAACCCAAUCAGCUUUAAUUAAGACCCAAAAUGUGAGCUUGAUAAACCCAGAGUAAUAGCACAGUGGAUUGACCUGCUGCCUGUUUGUUCAGAUUUCCAGCUAUCCAGUAAACCACAUGCCACUCCAUUGUCUGUCCCUGUGCUGUGAACCCCACACCCCCUGCCCUCUUGUAAAUGACCUUCCCUACACACUCACAUUCAGUCCCGCAGUCAGGUGCCUCAACAGAGCAGUUCUGAUUGUUGGAUACUUCCAGGGCACACUCACAGACAACGCUAAUGUGGCAUUCAAUAUACAAAAUGCAUUGGAACCUUUAACACUCAAUGCCUUCAACACCAAUGACAAACCAGCUAAUGUUAACAUGCUUCCAAGUACACAACUAGAGCUAAUCCCCGCUUAAACUGAAAACCUAAAACUGGCUAAAAACACAGAAAAAAAACAUAUGAAUGGGUUUGUGCUCAGGAAGUGUGGAUUCUAUGAGUCCAAAUGAAUUUCUUUACCACCAUAUGUCAUUGUGUUUGAGGGAACACGUUCAUUACAUAGGCUCUGGAUUUUUAAUGCCUUGUGUGUACAGCUGGGUCAACAUCAUAUGACAAGUGCUUCUCUGAUAUUUGCCUUAGAACUUACAGAGGCCAUUAUUCUCUUGAGUGAGUGUAUGCAGGGCCCCAGGCCCCGAACACGUAUCUACCUGUGAACUGCUCAUACCUCUCACAACUGGUCAAUGACUGUAUCAAACUGCAUCAGGUGUUUUCUACAUGCUUUUUCACAGAUUCUAUGAAUUAUUGGAGUAUCAUUUUUAAUGUCAAUAGCUCUUAAGCUUUUAGUUGUUUUCACAUUUUUCUAGAUGUUUUGUGUUAAUAUUGUCUAUUUGACUUUGGUAUUUACUUAUUCUUGACAAAGACCUUUAGAAUACUGAAUGCUAUGACCCUCAUAAACUAAAAUGGCUUAAUAAUCAUUGUAAAUAUUUUAUUGUGCAAAACCCAUUUUUAUUUGUUUUGUUGAAUUAUGACAAUGUCUAGACACAAUUUCUCUUUAUGAAAUAAAGAUUCAUACAUAUCAUUAA